AUGGACCUGGACGUUAUCAAUCAGUUGGAUCAAUCCGUGAGCAACUGGUCCGACUAUAACAGGAUAUAUUACCACCCACGAUCCAUCAACCCUAUUGUAACGCAUGAAAUCGAUAAUGAUAUAACGCCCUUUGAUAACUUCAACAUUGGAAGACAGGCAUACCGAGACAAUGAGAAGGAGCUUGAGCUGUUCGAUGAAAAUUUCCGGUUUUUUGUUGAAGAAUGUGAUAAUCUCCAAGGUUUUCAGAUGAUGGUCGAUGUUGAUGACGGUUUUGGAGGAUUUUCAGAAAGUUUACUUCACGAUAUCAGAGAUGAAUUCGCGAAAGCACCUAUUUUUCUAUAUGGUUUAAGUGAUUCACGAGCAGUUUACCGAAAUGAGCGUCAAAAGCAGAAAAUUAUGUUAAAUAGAGCACUAAGUUUAACACGUCUUUCACAACUAGCCUCGGUAUAUAUACCCAUAUAUACGCCAACAAACGCAAUGGCUGACAAAUGUGGGUUAUCAUCCUACCUUCAAUUUAAUGACAACUCAAAAUACCAUACCAGUGCCAUUGUUGCUGCUGCAAUCGACAAUAACUCUAUACCUUAUCGAUUAACACGACCUCAGCUAUCAAUGGGAGAUGUGAUGACUAAGAUUGUGCAAGCGAACAAUUCGAGGCUCGCCUCGUUAUCUGUCUCCAUACCGUUACCUAUUUUGGCUAAAGGUUAUAGAGAAACUAUGGAAACUUUCAAAUUCGAUGACCAGUUAAAGCCUCUAUUACCAUUGUUGCAAAGUUAUUCAAAACAGUCGACGGAUGUAUAUAGUGAAAUUGUUGUAACUAGAGGAUUACCUGUAAAUUAUCCAAAAGAUAGGACUAUGUAUAUUGAGCGUUUAUUGUCGACGUUCAAAGACACCAACGACCUUUUGCACACAAAUGUGGAUAUUGAAGCUGCAUUACCAUUGCCCGAGUCAUUCCCUCAUAUAUUUAAGGCUUGCUUUGAUUCGAAUGGGUAUAUUAGUCACGGGCAGAGUAAUCAUGAUUCGCUGCAGUCCAUCCCGAUACUUACCCAUUUCGAAUCAGGAUCCAGAUUAAAGCAUUAUGUGGAUCGCCAUAUAGAAAACGUGGAUACAAUUGAUUUCAAGGAUUUCCAUGAAUAUGCAGAGGGAGAAAUCCCGAUCACUCGUGAAGAUUUCUUGCAAAUGAAAGAAGAGCUAAUAACGCUGUCUGACACGUAUAACACUGACGAGGAUUUUUGA